ACUUAUGCCAAGGGAUUUAUCACACAAACAUGUGCUCCUGCAUAGAAACUCGAUACGGACGUCAUCACGUUAUAUCACGGUUCACUGUCCGCAUUUGGGAAGCAAAUCUUUUGGAAAUUCCUCAAUUUAUGCCAGAGAUCAUGACGCAUAGAUGGGACGGCAGAUCAGUGUCCCCGCAUAGAAACUCUAAACGGACAAUCUCACAUUAUUAUUACGGUUCGCUGUCGGCAUAUAGGAAGCAAAUCCCUGUCCAACGCCUUUGCCGCGUCCCCAUCUUUAAAUACUUUGAACCUACGCCUUAACUUCCACCCGCUGUACGGGUUUAGAACACCGGUGGACCGCCGGAACACCACACCGCGCCUCACCCGGGACGGUAUUUUUGGCGAUGGGGAGAACUCCAGUGACCGGAGGCGUUAAUUGGGGAAAAUCUCUCGUCCCAAUCCUCCCAACGCUAAGAAUUCCUGCUCAAACGGGGGGUUUAGAUCUUCUGGCGGAUCUUUCCUUCUUUCUCUGGCUUUGAAAGGUCUUACAGUUGUUUGUACCGGCUAGUCAUGUCAUCUAGCAGUAGUUUUUUUAAUGAUUUGGGAAUUCAUCCUGAGCCUAGUGAUCCUCAGGAUAAUGAAGACAUGAUGGAUAUCAAUGAGCAUGUGAAUGACUAUACUCAUCCGUUACCAAAGCCAAGUGCAUCUGUUGCUAGUAGUGUUUAUGAACUCCUAGAAUGCCCUGUUUGCUUGAAUGCUAUGUAUCCACCCAUCCAUCAGUGUUCAAAUGGUCAUACACUGUGUUCUGGAUGCAAGCCUAGAGUACAGAAUAAAUGUCCUACUUGCAGGCAUGAAUUGGGUAAUAUUAGAUGUCUUGCUCUGGAGAAAGUGGCAGCUUCUCUUGAGCUUCCGUGCAAAUAUCAGAGCUUUGGUUGUAAUGGGAUUUAUCCUUAUUAUUGCAAGCCAAAACAUGAAUCAGUAUGUGCAUAUAGACCCUAUAAUUGUCCCUAUGCAGGGUCUGAUUGCACUGUUGUAGGUGAUAUUCCUCAUUUGGUGAGCCAUCUGAAAGAUGAUCACAAGGUUGACAUGCACAAUGGAAGCACUUUCAACCACCGAUAUGUCAAAUCAAAUCCACAUGAGGUUGAGAAUGCAACAUGGAUGCUAACGGUAUUCAGUUGUUUUGGACAGUACUUCUGCCUCCAUUUUGAGGCCUUCCAGAUGGCCAUGGCACCCGUUUUCAUAGCAUUCUUGCGGUUCAUGGGUGAUGAGUCCGAGGCUAAAACUUACAGCUACAGCCUUGAGGUUGGUGGUAAUGGACGCAAGAUAAUUUGGCAAGGGGUGCCUCGAAGCAUAAGAGACAGCCACAAGAAGGUGCGCGAUAGCUAUGAUGGGCUUGUCAUCCACCGAAACAUGGCCCUAUUCUUCUCGGGUGGGGAUAGGAAGGAAUUAAAGCUGAAGGUGACUGGGAAAAUUUGGAAGGAACAGUGA